GCCUUUUGUUCUUUCGUAACAUCCGUGUAUAAAGUGAAUCGAGCUGACUCAGCUGACUGUUUCUUGAGGGCUGUUUGAGACGCGAAGUUGGAGUCUUAGUUAUAGUGUAAUAUUUCUAUUACAUUUUUUAAUAUAAUGGGUACUGUACGUGCCAUUACCGACGAUGCCCAUUUUAAUGCAGAAUUAAGUGCUGCAGGAAGUAAAUUGGUUGUCGUCGAUUUCACAGCUACUUGGUGCGGACCUUGUCAACGAAUUGCUCCCGUAUUUGAUCAGCUGGCCAGGAAAUAUCAACGAGCUAUAUUUUUGAAGGUAGAUGUAGAUAAAUGUUCAGACACUGCUUCCUCACAAGGCGUCCAAGCGAUGCCCACGUUUAUUUUAUAUAAAAACAAGACUAAAGUAGAUAGCGUAAGAGGAGCAGACGCGACUGUUUUGGAAAAUAAAAUUCAGCAAUACUAUGGCAGUGAAAAUGACGAUGAAGCGGACAGCACAGUAGGCGGCCAUAUGGACCUUUUAUCUUUUAUUCACAAGCAACAGUGUGAAAGUUUGAAUGAGGCAGAUGAACAUCCUUUGGCUCAUUGCCUGAACAGCGGACCAGGGUACCUCGAAUCUGAUUGUGAUGCACAGCUAAUUAUUAAUCUUUCUUUCACUCAAGCUGUGAAAGUGCAUUCUUUGAAAGUUAAAGCUCCACAUGACAAAGGACCAAAAACCAUCAAAUUAUUUAUCAACCAACCACAUACCCUGGACUUUGAUCAAGCCGACUCAAACCAGGCUGUACAGGAGCUACAACUCACACCCAGUGAUUUGGAGGGUAAUCCUGUCAAUUUAAGAUAUGUGAAAUUCCAAAAUGUGCAGAAUAUUCAGCUUUUUAUCAAAGAUAACCAAGAAGAUACAGACGCUACCCAGAUCGAUCAUUUAGCAAUUAUUGGUUCACCAAUAUCCACCACUAAUAUGGGUGAUUUUAAGAGAGUUGCUGGCAAGAAGGGCGAAAGUCACUAAGAUUAAAUCAUUUUCAUCUUAUUGCUACGAGAACUUUUUUUUCAGGCCUAAUGUUAGCAAAGAUUGCAUUUGAGUGUUGCACUGGUACCACAGGUUCUUUAUUACUCUUGUGUUUGACAUGAAAAUUAGAACACAGUAAAAUCAUAAUGUAAACUUUAUUUUCUGGAUUGGCAUAUUUAAAACACCACAUUAUUUGAGGAAUAAACAUACUAAACUUACCUGUGUUGCUAUGUUGCGUUGGGGCACUGAAUUCAGAUAGGGAAGAUUAAUGAGUGAAGAUGGAUGGUUCUGCAUUUUGCAUUUUCCGUUUUCUCAUCUUUCUGUUUUGCUUCACCCUUGCUUUUAUUGGCGAUUAAAUUAUUUAACUUUUUGGUAAAUGUGUGUUGUAUUAAGAAAAUAGUUUGAAUAUUGAAGAAAAAUUAAAGAAAUUGAAUUAAAAUUUAAUGGAAAAAGUUGAUAGUGACUUUAAUGGUCUGUAGAUUUUGAUGGUGCUUGAUAUUUUCGUAUUAAGAAUCGAUUGUCUGAAGGAACUUUUCUUGGACUGAUGUCGUUAAUAAUAAUUAAUGAAGAUUUUCGUGUGAAGAAACAAGGACUAGAAGAUGUAGGUUCUCAUGUAUGUGCUCCGAAUGUGAAUGUGAUCUGCAAGUUUUUAGAAUAUUAAUGCACUUUUUUAAAAUAAUAUUGUACUUUCUCAAAAUUCAUUUUUGACCUAGGCAGCUCAUGUUGCAGACCUAGUGGUGGUAGAUGGUCGGAAGUUGGAUUGUUCGGGAGAACUGAGGUUCUACUGUUUCCCUUUUGAUGUUUGAAGAUUAUAUUUUUUGUGUGAAAGGUGCUAGACACUCUACCUUAUCAUUUUACCAUCAACAAUUUUUUCAUCUUGAUUUCAAAUGUGAAAAUAAUAAAAAGAAUAUCUUUUCUUCCACUCCAUAAGUUGCGUAGAAUUUAUAACAAUAAGUCAGAAUAAUAUUUAAGAUUUAUCUGGCACAGUUUAAUCAAAAUGAAGUAAAUAUCAAAAUUUUGCCACUUACUUGAUUAAUGAAUGAUAUGGGGUUUGGAUGUAAAUAAUGGUAUCUGACAUUUGUAUGAAAAAUUAUCAAUGUAAACUUUUUUAUUUAUACUUGGUCUUCCUACUUAAACCAGCAAACAUUGCUAUAUGCAAGACUUGAAAUGGAAACAAGACUAACAUUACAAUAUUGUAAUAGCAUAUUUCAAUAUCAAUUUUUUGAACUAUUAAUGUGUAAUAAAUAAAUAAUUGGUUGUAUUGAUUUUCAAAUGAUAUAUGAUGUCCGAUCUUGUAAAUCAGUUGUAUAUACAGUCAAACUGAAAUAUAUUACGAGUGUAUUAGAACAUAAUGGCAUGUGAUAAAUAUCCUGUUUCGGACCAGUUCAGAGGAACUUGAUGUACAGGGGUGGAUCCAGCCGAGCGGGGGUAUCGUAGAUUUUUGUUAAAUAAUAAACAUAUUUGUGAUUAUAUUGUAUAUUAUUUAUAUACUGUAGAUAAGAUACUACACAAUAUUAAUGUUUAAAUAAUUACAUCAUUGGAACAUACAUAAAUAUUUAAGUCAGUUUUUCGAAAUAAAGAAAGGUAAAUGAAAACUAGGCUUUUAGGGGGUGGGGGCAUGUCCCCACCACCCCCAAUCCGGCAGUGUGGAUGAAAAAUUAUCAAGUUGCUGAUUGCUGAAUUACCAAGAAAUGUUUUUUGUUUCUUAACACUUGCAAUAUGUAGAAAAGGUUAAGUCCUUCAAAACUUGAUAUACUCUUAUUUAUGUGAAGUGGUAAAUUUUAAUUUUGGUUGGAGAUUUUUCAAAUAUUUUAUUGGGCGCAUGAAAGGUCAGACUACUUGCAGCUGAAGUCUGUCUUAACUUUGCUGUCUGGGAGAUGCUGCAUCCUUGGCACAGAUGCCAAUGUUUCAGCUGUCAUGCUGCGACCUUCUCCUACCUGUCACCUUUUGAACUAUAUUUCAGCUUGAGGAGGGUUCCAGCUUUACUGCUGAAACAUUGGUGUCUGUGUAGGUUGCAACAUCUCUAAGACAGUCAAGUGGAGACGUUUUAUUGGGCAGAUUUGUGUGAAUUUUACCUUAUGUUAGCUAUUAUUGAACAUUACUCCUCUUGGUGAAAUUACAUUGCCUUCAUAUAGUGAUUAUUCAGCUUUGGCAAAUCAUCUUUGCAGUUACCAUCAAUGUGGUUGAAUGAGAGAACUAGAAUUAAUAAAAAAAAACUUGCAAAGGAAGAAGAGAAACAUUCAAAGUUACUAUUAUGUUGCAGUGGAUUUACUAAUACUUUGUAUUAUCAGAAUGGAAUUUGCAAAAUGUCAGGUAUGAUUGUUUACAUCUGAGUUGAUGUAAAAGCUGUUUGGAACAAAUUCAAAUUCUUGUUCAUUUAUGUUACACUUGUCAGAAAAACUGGAAAGUCACAUUACCAUGAGUAAUGUUUGCUAUUCUCAUCUAAUUUCCUCCAUUUGAAAAAUAAUGUAUUUGAACUGAAGAAAUGUAUUUGAAAAAGAACGUAAGAAUGUAUCAUCUUGUUAAAAGGUUUUGCAUUUAAAAUAUUAUUGUAUGAAAGGAGAUUUUGUAUUUAUAAAUAGUUCCUUUCUUUGCAAUUUCUUUAAUGGAUGCAGUUCCAUGUUCAAGUAACAGAAUGGUUAUUAAAUGCUAGCAAACCUAAACUUGCAGAAAAUGAUGGAUAUUUUGUGAUAAUUUCUUGUAAAUGCAAGACUAAAUAAAAAUGUAUGAAGCUUAUACUCAUGUGACUGUGAUUAAGAAAAUGCACAGCAUUUUCCUAAUCUUAUAUCAUGUAUCUUUUUGAUUUUUUCCAUUUCAAAAGUUUGUAAGUUUUGAAUAAGUAGUGUAGAAAGGAAAUUUUAUGUAACCCUAUAGUUGAUAUGGAUAAACAUGUAGUCGACUGCUAUUUGUAAAAUUAGCAUUGUUCAAAUUAUUUUAUCAAUAUGUGUAACUAUUUCUUGCUAAAGAAGUUUUGAGAUGAUGCUUCAUCCAAUUAUGAGUUUGUGUAUGUUGACAUCAAUAACUUAUAUUCUAAGCUAGCUAGAGCAGCUGCGAAGCCCAAGGUCUCCAAGAGUUAAAAAAGGAAUGGGAAUAUUCGGUAUAUGGUUAUCAGCAUCCGGUAAAAAUAAUGUAUAACUUGUCAUGUUUAAUUUUCUUUUGGAAGAAAUUUUUCGUGUACAUUCUUCCUGCUUGAAAAGACAACGUGUGUAUUUGUUUCAGUUAUCUUCACAGUCAUUUGUCAUAUAUCAUAAAUUAUAUAAUUUUAGUUUUGUAUAAAUAUACUGAAAAUUCCAAUGUUCAUUUUGCGAAAAUGUGCAAUAGGUAGGUGGACCUACUUACCAGCAUAUUGCAGCUAUCCUGGCAUGACAUUUGAGAAACCGUGGCCUUGAUAACCAUUCUGAGAGCAUUUGAAAAGAGCAAAUGGUAUUUCUUUUUGACAUUUUAGUUUGUGAUGACAUUUCCUUGUUCUUCAGGGAUUAUUUGAAUUU